AACACUUGUGAAAAUCUGCACUAUUCCUGUUUUAAUAACAAAGUAGUGUAAAAUGGUCAUUAAAAAGAAAUAAACAUUCUUACAGAUUCGCAUUAUCUUUGGAAAUAAUCCCAUUGUGUGAUAAAUACGAUGUAUGUGAAAUCGCCGUUGUUGUCAUGAAAAUCUGUAAUCACAAUGUCUGAACCGAUUGAGCUAGAAUCGGACAAUAUUUGCAGUACUGAAGAUGCAUUUGAGGAGUUUCAAUGUGUUUCCAUGUCUGCACAACAAAAGUACAUAAAGCUUUCAGAUCUCGUAUCACCGCAGUCUUCACCAUGUGAUUACAAUUCAGACAAGUCCAAUGAGAAAGAUUGCGACGAUUCAAAAAAAGCCGAUACCUCAGCUAAAACGGAUAAGGACAUAAACAUAGAUAUACCAUCGCCUACUCAACAAGUUGGUAACCUGAAAAAUUCAGGUUCGUCCAAAACAUUGAAUACAUUUAUUAAUAAAGCAGUGGAAUCAGAUAUUCAAGUUGGCAGUCGAAGAUUGUCAAAAGCCGACAGUACAAUUGGAGGCAGUACUGUACAGGAAUCCCAGACUGUGUUAAAUUAUUGUAAUAAGAGCAACCAACAGAUUACUGAAUCAGAAAAUGUAAUAUGUGAUAAAAAUAGAAGUGUAAUUGUUGGCAAAAAAAGAGGGAGGAAACCAAAACAAAAAAUAAUGGGAACUCGUAAACCGUCAUCUCCACCACAAACAUAUUUACAAGAAGACAUAUUGUCUACAAAUAUGUUAUCAAAUCAGACAGAAGAUGAAGAAAGCUUAGAAAUUAAUAAAAACCAUCAUAACAGACCCAGUAAAGAUAAAAUAUUUGAAACAAACCAAACAACUACAUCUGAAGCAGAUUCUACUAAUAACAUCGAGAUGUCAGCUGAGUGUACAAAUAGCUCAAAUGAUUUGAAAAUGAAAAUAUGUCCAAAAGCCAAGGAAAAGAUAUUUCCAUCUCACAGUUAUAAAGAUCUUACGACACAACUAAGUAACCAAGACAUUCGAAAUCAACAUAAUAGCUCUAAGGUUGAACUAAUUAGAAGAAAGCGAGGUAGACCUAAACGAGGUAGACCUAAAAAAACACAUGAUGAUAAAAUUGUCAACACAACGACAAAUGUUGAUAAAAAUCAGUCGGAAGUUAUAAUUGAUGACUUACCAAUCCUUCAUAAUACAAUGUUAAAAAAGUCAAUAACAGGUUCUGAUGAUAAAUUUGAAUUGCAAUCCUCUGAUGAGCCUGAAGCACCAGUUAUAAAGUCUCAAAUAAUAACACUAAAUGAUGAAGAUGUAAAUAUGAGUGAAAAUGAAAGAAAAAAAAGUCACUUAAACUCAGUCACUGAAAAUCAAGAUUCUGAUGGUGAUGAUGAGAUAAGCUUGUUAUCUUUGAAAUCAUUUGCUGCUCAACAAUUGCUCGAGAAUAGAGAUAUUUUAUCACCGAUAAAUAAACCUGAUGAUCAGGAACAAAGUAACAGUACUAAGGUUGACACAAUUAAAAAAAAAAGAGGUAGACCUAAAAAAAUAUAUGAAAAUAAAAUGAUAAAUAAAUCACUAAAUGUUGAUAAAAAUCAGUCGGAAGCCACAAAUCAUGUCUUACUGAUUGCCCAAAAUUCAACUGUACUCAAAACACCAAUAAUUUCUGAAGAUAACCUGGAAUUUAAAUCCUCUGACAUAGUAAAAUCACAAGUUUUACUCCCCCCAAUAAUAACACUAAAUGAUGAAGAUGAAAUUUCCACAGACAUUGAACAAAAAAAUUGUAGCAAAGAAACAAUCACUGAAAGUCAAAUUUCUGAUGAUGAUGAGAUAAGCUUAAUGUGUCUAAAAUCAUAUGCUCCUAAACAAUUGCUCGAUAACACAGAUAUUACAACACCACUAAGCACACCUGAUAAUCAAGAACAAUGUAACAGCUCUAAUGUGGAACCAAUUAAAAAGAAACGAGGUAGACCUAAAAAAAAUUAUGAAAAGAAGACAACUAGUAGAUCACCAAAUGUUGAUAAAAAUCAGUCACAAGAGAUAAAUGAUGGAUUACAGAUUGUUCAAAGUCCAACUGUGCCCAAAACAUCAACUACAUAUUCUGAAAAUAAAGAACCCUCUAAUAAGUCUGAAACACAAGUUACAGAAUCUCAGGUAAUUACAUUAAAUGAUGAAGAUGAAAACAUUCAAUCUUACAUAAGUGAAAAUGAACAAAAAAAUUGUUUCAUUGAGACUGAAAAUCAAAUUUCCAAUAAUGAUGAGAUAUGUAUGCUACCUCUUAAUUCAAACAAUACCAAUAUAGAUACUUCUAAAAGUGAUACUACCAAAAUUUUACUUGAAUCUGAAAAAUCAGUAAAUAAUGUUACAAAUGAAAGCUGUGUUCCCAAUAGUGAUGAAGCUGAACAGCCUUUAGUAAAUGAUACUUCAGGAAGGCCCGUGCGUAGAGUAAUUCGAAAGCCAAUACAAUAUGAUGAGGAAUCUGAUGAAGAUCCUUUUGCCAAUGUAGAAUUGUCUGAUGAUGAUCUUACAAAUGGAAAGAAAAAUAGAUAUUAUUCUGAUGAUGAAUAUAUUCCCCAUGGCACUAAAAAAAGAAAAGGUAAAGCUAUCACUGAAUCAGACUCCUCAGAUAGUGAAAUAAUGGAUGAAAUAAAAAAAAAGAAGUCAUCAAAAUUACUAGAUGGACCUUCUCCUAAAAAAAGGGGAAGAAAGAGUAAAGCAGAAAAAUCUGCUGCUGAAGCUUGUAAUGAACAAAAUAAAUACUGUAAUGUCAGAAUUGGAGACACUAAUGAAUGUUUAGAAUCUUCGAUAAAUCAGUUCCAUGAUGAUAAUGACAACAAUGAAACCUUAUGUGAACUUAAAUCUUCGAGUGCCACAGAUGAAUUUGAAAGUUUUCUUGCCAAGAAAAUAAAAGGGACUAGUUUAAAAAUAAAAAAAUUAUCUACUUCUGAUAUGACUGAUAAUGCUCUAACAACCCUGCAAAUACCUGUGCUUGAUCCAAAAGAGAUCAAAAAGUCCAUUGACACUAGUUCUCAGACAGAAACUGCCCUUACAAAAUCAGCUGCAGUCCAAACAUGCCAUCGAUAUAACCUACCCAUGAAAGCAAACGUUUCUUUGUCUGAAGGUCAAUCAGUAAAGGCUUGUGAAUUUUUAAGUAAUAUUGUAAACACAACAGUCGAGCUCGGGCAACUUAUGACACAGAAGUCGGAAGAUUUCAUAAAGAGGAAAAUAAAUGUAGAAAAUGUUACUGAUACACUAAAAAUGGAUUACUGUGUAAAGAAAUCCUUCCUUUUGUUCAAAUUGGCUAAACACAAUCUCACACAAAUGGAAGAGGAUUUGGCUACACAAUAUAACACAUUUUUAAAAGAGCAGAAUCUCUCAUGGGUUAGAGAAGAAGAAAAGGAAAUUACUGCAAGUACAAAAGUGAGUGAUGAUAGUGAUUGUGAAAUUGUUGAAGAAAUAGUACAGCCCACUAAGGAAGUUAAAAAAACAAAACCUCUAUUCAAUCCUAAAACCGUGUUCCUAAACAAAGAAUUAUCUAUUAAAAUUGCAAAAAAACCUGAGGAAAAGAAAAAAAUACCAAUAAAAGGACGGAAUACACUAUGGAUUAGUAACACAGUGCUUUUAAAAAAAGUGAAACCUUCACAGUCUUUUUUAGCCCAGGACAGCCGAAAUAAAAAACCUCCUGAUCAAAACUAUGUAACCAAGAAAAUGGUUAGUGAUUUUUUUCUAAAUUACUAUUACAAGAAAAUCUAUGAAGUCUGCAAUGCAGUUGCAUCAAUGAACUGGAUAAAUGUAAAUACAAGUUGCGAGUGCUACCAUUUUGUAACAGGCAUUAAUUUCUCAGCCGCAUCUUGUGUUAAUGAAUCUGAAGAUAUUACAACUAUAUCAUCUACCAGUUUGGAUAUGAUUGAAGAACCUUCACCAAAAAAAUUUAAUCCUGAAACACUAUUUAAACUGUGUACUCAGGUUCUACAAAAGCAACUCCAUGGUGCAGAUAACCAUUUAACUCUUGCAGAAAGUAAAAAAUUUCAAAAUCUCAGGCAAUGUGAUUCCUGUGAGAAUCCCAAAACCUUGUUUUGGUGUUGUAUGGAUUUACUACAGAAGUGUCUAAAAAAAAAUAACAGCUCGGAUUUGAACAAUGCUAAUUAUUGCACGGCUAAAUUAGUACAUGAAACUGAUUUAUCUAAAGAGAAAAGAUUAGGUCAUGAAGUUGUUUUCAACAAAAUUAAAAAGCCUCAAUCGUUAUUACAAUGUAGUUUACAAGUCCUAUUAGAUACCAGUAACAAUAAUUUAGGGAGUAAAGAAGCUUUCCUAAUGAACAAAUCCACUACAAAUGGCCUGAAUUUUGUGAUGAAAAUAGAAAAUAUAAAUAAUUUUUCCAAUGCAGAGCAGAUGUAUAGACCAAAAACAUUACUAUCAUUUAGCUUAAUUGCACUACAAAAGGAUAUGGUCGGAUAUUUACAAAAUCAAAACACAGCUAUACAUCCAGAUCCAGAGAGAGAUAAAAUACAUUUUUAUGGUCUACAGUAUGCAUGGUCUACACCAAAAACAUUAUUUAAAUUGUGUAUAGAAAAAUUAGAAAAUAAGUAUAACAAAAGUGAUGAUUACAAUAAUAAAAUUGUUAACAACUUGCAAACUAAAAUAGAAAUGAAAAAUGCCUUAUCCUUAAAAUCUAUAUGCUACAAUGUAAUAGUGAAAAUACUACAGCCAAUAGAUUCAACACCACAAGAAACUGAUUUAACAUCUACAAAACAAGAUGUAAAAUCGCUAUUUUCACUGUGUGUUGAAUACAUACAGCAAAUCCAAAAACGGGAACAACGUAAGCACAACAUAGAUUUUGAUGAAGUACCUUCAGGGAAUCCAAAUGAAUUAAAACAGAUAGCAUUUUUAAAUCUAUGCAGAACCUUCUUCAGUGAUAAAAGUCUAGAACUGGAAAAUAUGAAUGAUCAAGUAGAAGCUUUUACUAUAAAUUCUAUAAAUACACUAUCAGAAGAAGCAUACUUUAACAUAGAGAGAACAUUGGAUGUUCGAAAUUCUGAAUAUACAGAUGAUUCAGAUAUAUAUGAUGACGCUACUGAAUUUGAUCUCAAUGAAAUUGAAGAAAACAAUCUAAAUGAUGAGGAAAACAACUGGGUAACACAUGUACAAAUGCAAGAGCUACGCUCAUGUUUCCCUACCGCUUCACCUGAUCAAACUGCAUGUAAUGAAUCAAACAUCCAACCAGUAUUUGCUCAGAUUAAACUAGAACCCGAAGAUGAGAAUACUGAAAAUAUAGAUAUAUCAAUAGUGAAAACAGAAUCAGUACAUAAUCCCGAUGAAAUGACAAUAAUUCCAGAAAGUAUAAUUAGUAAAUCAGAGCUUAUUGAAGCCCCAGAUACUGAAGAGGAUGUAGAAAUCAAUAGAACAAAUCGUUCUAGCUAUGAUGUCAACUUAUUUGAAUCUUUCGUUUCUAACAACGAACUUACGCAAGCUGUAAAUGAAAAGGCAGACAGUAUAUUUAGUCAAUCGGAUUUAAAAGUUCAAAGACACCAUGAACCAGAUUAUGACCAAGAGUGUGACACAAACAAUAGCUUAUUAAUACCACAAACAUAUGAAACUAUAAAGAUUGGAAAUGCGAAAAAUUCAUUAAUGGAGAGUAGUUCUGAUGAAGGACCAAGCUCAAAGAAAGCACCGAAUAAAAAAAAACUUGACAAACGACGAGCUAAGCAGAAAAAAGUUGAUCCAAAAUCUGUCAACAAAGAAAAAAUAUCUAAAGGAAAAGACAAACUUAAUAGUGAAGUAGAUACAUUCACAAGAAAAAUGAGAGAGAAAAUUAGACAAAACCAAAAGAAAAAUGACAUCUCUGACUCUGAAAGUGAUAUCCCAUUAGACAUUAGAAAAAUCAAAAGUGACAAAAAGAAAAGUAACAUUGAAAAAAAUAACAUAGAUGAAACUAAACAAUCCACAAAUAAAGUACCUGAAGUUGAAAUACAGUGUAACAAUGUGGACUCUACCCAACAAUUUCAAGACAACAAUGAGUCAUCCCAAGAACCUACUGAGAUAGACUCAUUCAUUGGAUUCUCUGCCAAUGAACUGAAUGAAACCACUGAAUUUCAAAAAUAUUUGAAAUACUUAUAUGAUAAAUUGAUCCCUAACAUCGCUGAUGAAAAAAAAUUAGGAACCUCAGUGAUCACUCAAAUAGAAAACAAACGAAGUUCUGUAACUCAAAUAGAAAGUGAACAACCUAAUGAUAGACCUGAAACACCAUUAAUCAAUUAUGAAGAUCCUGCAGAGGAAGUGCAGUGCGAACCAAGUUUACAUAUAUUUAAUGAUUUUAUGGAAGAUUUUCAAAAAACUAACGACAAUAAUCCGGACAUGCUUAACAGUGCAUGUAAGUAUACGGAACGAAACGGCUGGCAAUGUUACCCUAUAAAUGUUAAAGACACAAAACUCUACCAGCAAACACAAAUCAUUUUGGAUAAACUACCAGAAUCGUUUGUCAAUGUGUACUUUCAAUACCAGGAAAUUGCAAGUAAGGAUAAUCAGGAUCGGGAAAUUGACAGAUUGACAGACUUAACCUCCUUAAACCGUAUACCAAAAGAAAUGACCACUAAAUCUAGGCCCAGAAGCAAAGAAUCAAAACAUGAGAAAAACCAACAGAAUGUCUCUUCUGAUGCAAGACUACCGCAUUUAGAACAACACGAGCUUAGUCCUUCAGAUGAUGAUGUUGAUGCUGAUGACAGCAUAGCGCCUGCAAUGCCGACCCGCAACGUGGAAAAUAAUAUAGCCAAGGAUUCUCUAAUGAAUGACAGCGGUGAUGAGGAUAAAACAGAAUGUAUAGAAGAAGAACCAGAACACAUUUCAGUCCCAAAGAGACCCGGUCCGAAGUCAAAGACUGUCCCAGAGAGUAAGGCUGAGAAAUCAAUAAUGUUGACAGCUGAUAAAGUAAUGAAUAAGGAGUUGAAUCUCCUGAACACUCCGGCCGUGAUCCAGGAAGAACCGAUAGCUACAACAAGAAAAGGCCCUGUUACAAGAAAUAAAUCGAAUCCAAAGCCGAAAUCUAGCCCCAACCAACGAGGUGUAGCUACCAAAGAAGACUCUUCAUCCGAGGAAGAGAAACUCUGGGUGAAUACCAAAGAGAAGCUCCUCAAAAGAUUGGAGAAGAAAGAUAAUGCCAGCGUGGAAGACGCCAAACGUGCCAAGCUUGUGAAUGAGUUCAUAGAGCGGCGCGGAGACGGACUCGACUCGAGGAAGCGGACGCGCAAUCCGCGUUAUCGGAAAUCUAAAAAGUUCUUACUGGAACGAGAAAAACAACUUAAAACCCUGUCGAAAGAAUUAUAUGGGGAAGCCGAGGGCGGACCAAGCGGGAAGGGCUGUGGAAACCAUUUAUUCAAAGGUCGCAGAAACAUUAGAAAGGUGAUCGACAAAAAAUCGCUGACCCAUAGAACUGUGCUGGCCAACGUAGAGGAGUUGGAGAGGAAACGGAGACUGCUUGCGAGACAAACCAGGCUGAGAGAACAUCUUGGUUGCGAAGAGGAUGUGAACGUGAUGGUGAUCAAUGACGAAGUCUGCCUGGAGUACGACUUCGAGGAGAACCGUCCCGUCGUCACCAUACACCCCUUCUUCACGAAGGUCAUGAAGGCUCACCAGUACGAAGGAGUGAAGUUCAUGUGGGACGCUUGCUUCGAGAGCGUGGAGCACAUCGCGGCCGGGAAGCCGGGCAGCGGCUGCAUCCUCGCGCACUGCAUGGGGCUCGGCAAGACGCUGCAGGUGCUGGCCCUGCUGCACACUGUACUGACGCACCCCGGGGUCGGUAUCCAGCGGGUGCUCGUGUGCUGCCCUCUAUCGACCGUGCUGAACUGGGUCGACGAGAUCCACAAAUGGAUCGGGCCUGUAACCAAUCAAAUAAAGGUAUUCGAACUGUCCAAACUGAAAAAGACAUACGAGAGAGCGUACCAACUCGAGGACUGGUACAGCGGCGGCGGUAUCUUUAUAAUCGGCUACGAGCUGUUCCGGAGUCUGUCCACGCUCGACCCUGAGCUGGACGACAUCCGGCCGACCAUCGUCAACAAGAUCCGCACCGCCCUGCUGGACCCCGGGCCCGACAUCAUCGUGUGCGACGAGGGGCACCUGCUCAAGAACGACUGCUCCGUGCUCGCCGUCGCCAUGAGCCGCGUCGCCACCAGGCGCCGGAUAGUGCUCACCGGAACUCCCAUGCAGAAUAAUCUAAGGGAAUAUUUCUGCAUGGUCAAUUUCGUCAAACCGAAUCUGCUGGGGACGUACUCGGAGUUUUCCAAUCGAUUCGAAAAUCCCAUCAUGAACGGUCAACACCGCGACUCGAGACAAGAAGACAUAAGACUUAUGAAAGCUCGCACGCACAUCCUGCACAAAGUUCUCGAAGGGUGCCUACAAAGGCAAGAAGCUUCGGUGCUCUACCCGUAUCUGCCCAAGAAACAUGAAUACACCGUUUUCAUAGCGCUGACGCAGUGCCAGUGGGACCUGUACAAACAUUACCUGCUGCACUACGGGAAACAAACAAAGAACAGCAUCCUGAAAGACUUCCACAUCCUCCAGAAGAUUUGGUCGCACCCUCAGGUGCUACACAUAUUUCAAACUAAAGCCAGAGACGAGAAAGCCAAAAUUAAAGCGGAGAAGUUGGAGGACGAUCUCGCCCACGAGGACAUAACAUCGGAGGACAUCAAGCCGGCGGAAACGGAAGUGUGGUGGCUCCAGUACCUGGACGGCGGGAAGAUGCUGGACAGCCUCGAGAGCUCCAACAAGUUUGCUGCCGUGUUUCAAAUAUUAGAGGAGUGCACGGCGCUUGGAGAUAAAGUUUUAAUAUUCUCAACGUCGCUCUUCACGCUGGAUGCCUUGGAGUACUUCUUACGGAAGAUCAAGAACUGGAGUCUGGGUCACGACUACUACCGUCUCGACGGAUCGGUCCCCCCGGAGGUCCGACAGAAGUGGUGCAGAGAGUUCAAUGCCGAGAACAACAUUAAGACGAAACUGUUCCUGAUCUCGACCCGGGCGGGCUCGCUGGGGCUUAACAUGACGGCGGCCAACCGGGUCAUCAUCCUGGACACGUCAUGGAACCCGGCGCACGACAUACAGAGCAUCUUUAGGGUCUACCGCUUCGGGCAGAGGAAGGACUGCUACAUAUAUCGAUUCGUUGCCAUGGGAACAAUGGAACAGAAGAUAUACGAGCGGUCGGUGACGAAGCAAGCGGUCGCCUGCCGCGUCGUGGACGAGCAGCAGAUAGAGCGCCACUACAACAGCGCCGAGCUCACGGAGCUCUACCGGUUCGACGAGACAGGCGCGAGCGUGGCGGGCGGCGUGGCGGUGGGCGUGCAGGACGUGGCGCUGCUGCGGCUGGCGCGCGACGCCGCCAUCCACGCGGUGCACGAGCACGACUCGCUGCUGCGCGGCUCCACCGAGCCCGGCCUGCCCGAGCACGAGCGCGCCGCCGCCUGGAUGCAGUUCCAGCAGGAGCACGCGCACAAACAAAUGCAAAAUGAACUCGCAGCAAACAACACGAGGAUAUCGAGCAAGCUUCAGGGCCACGAGUACGCUAAGUCGCCCGUUCCGCAACCAUCGCCAAGAAAAGACGAAGCUCCAAAAACGAAACGAGGAAAGAAAAACAGCGCGGUCCCCCCGCAGGACAGCGCGGCCGAGAGCAGCAUCCAAGGAUCUCUAAUCAACGAGAUAAGGAACAUACUAAUCAACCACAAUUUCCAAAUAAGUAAAAGCGAAGACUUACUUAACUUUGUCAAUAAAGUACGGAUGAUAGUGUCGACGGGAAGCCCCUCCGACGACGCGGUGGCGAUGAGCGUGGCCGGCCUGCUGCUGCAGCAGCGCUGGAUGGCCAUGCCCGUCGCCAUCGCCAUGGUGUGCGAGGCGAUAAAGCGACGCGUAGUCGAGGAAGGACUAAAGCAAACGCACGUUGUCGGACCGGACGCGACGCCGCCGGACGUGACGCCGCCGGACGCGACGCCGCCGGACGCGCCGCAGACGAGCGCCGCCCAACGUCAAGACGCGUCUGUGGGAAGCAGACGGACGAAACGGAAAGCGGCCAUAGCCGCGGAACGACACCUCGACAUGAUCGUGCCGAAUCUACUUGAUGACGACAGCGAUUUGGAUACCGAACCCGCCUAUACCGAACCCGCACAUACGAACCCAACGCGGAAGACAGAACAGAAAUCUGGAAAGAAAAUCAAGAUGACAACUACUAUCGAUAUGGAACCCGCAAAUAGUGCACGUGAUAAUAUAGAAAUGCAUCGAUCUAGUACUGUCGAACGAGAGCCAGUCAAUACAGUUGCAAACAUACCGACCGCGCCUCCGAAAGACGCUGAAGUCGUUGACUUAGAUUCGGAGCCACAGAACGAUACACCCGACGUUAUAGUGGACAGCGACGAGGGCGUCGAAGUGAACAGCGUUAUAUCCAACCGCCCGAAACGGACGACGACAUCGGAGCGAUCUAGAAAAAAUAAAAACGCUAAAUCGAAUAACAAGGAGACCGACAAUGAUACGUACAGCAUUUUAAUUGAAAACGAUAGUGAAUUAGCGAAGGACCCUCAGCACGGCGCGCCCCGCCCACACGACACGUCAGCCGAAAGACCGAUUAAGAUAAAGAAAGUCGCUCAAAUAGAUGUGGAGCUCGUGAGUAACGCUGAGCCCGAAGCCGCCAUCGCGCUGAGCGACGACGACGAGCCCAUAGUCAAAACCAACAAGAUCACGUACACGCCCAAAACGAGCAAGAAAAAGAAACCACAAGGAAAGAUUAAUCUGCCCCCGCUACUAUUGACAAACGAGAACUUCAUAAAGAUCGUCGCCCACACGUACCUGUCCGGCAACCCUAAGCUGGACCGCGACGCGGCGCUACUGGCCGCCCAGUACAGCACGCUUAAAGCUCUCAAGGAAGUCGAAGCUACGGGGAAGCUCCUCGACAGUGGCCCCAUCUAUGAUAUAGCCGUUAAGGAACUAGGCGUCGAACUUCUUACGAAACUGCACGGCACGAUGUCGAAACCGACGAGGAGUGCUGAAUAUUCAGCGGCGAGUCUCCUAAAGAAAUCCUUGAUGAAUAUAGAAAACCAGAUCAAAGAGGACGCUGCCAACGAACCAACGGUCAGGACGCACGAGCACCCGCCCCCGCCCCCGCACCCGCCCCGCGUACCGCCGCUCAUCAUUCAACGAAAUAAAAAAACUGGACUGAAUACUGCAAUCAACGGACAUCCGAAGGGCAGCCUCGAACAAAAGGACGAUUCGAAUGUCGAGAAAUUGUCGCAGCACGAACCUAGGAAACACGUCGUCCCGAUCAGAAUGUACCAGCGCCCCACCGCGCCCGCGCCCGCCACCGUCCACACGACGCUGACUAGCGACGAGUGCAUCCUGCCCGACGACGAUGACGUCAUCAUCAGCGACAUCCUGCCCGCCGUCUCCUGCCCGGCGCCCACUCCCUCCACGCAGACCUCUUCCGCGAACAAAGUCGUGGCCGGAACCUCAAGGGACUACAGCACAGCAACAGGAUUGCCCCAAUACCUUGGUCGCCCCGAUCAUCCCCGGAUACCGGAAGACAAUCAAGCAGCGGUCGUGAACACCGAGCGUGCCGCCUCUACGCAGGGCCCGGCGGAUUGUAUAUGUCUGGACAGCGACGACGACGAGGGCCCCGCCCCCCCGCACCCCGUCUCCAUAUCGUACACCCCGCCGGUCCCCGCGCCCCAGCGCUCCGACGGUCCGCCGCAGUACAUCACCGGCGACACCAAACGGACACCGAAACCGCCGGCCGCCGAAACAAUCGCAGCCGCGAAUCCCACGGCGCCACCAGUCGUACUCACGUACGGGCGCAAUAGGAAAUCUCUAAGCCUAGCUGUGAAAACCGCCGCCCCUCCAAUCGCCGCGGUCCCCCCAACCCACGUGAGCGUUUCGGAGCCCCCUCGCACGGCAGACGUCGUGAGCCCGGUCGACAAGGUGAAGUCGCAGGAGCCCCGGGCGCCGGCGCCGGCCGAAGCGCCGCCAGAACCAAUGUCGAUGUUUAAGAACGUUGUACACAUCAUGGCGCACGACGCGCAUCCGCUAUCGAAACCCGAGCCCUCGCACAAAGCCGCCAAUAGAUUACAAACCGUCAAGUUGCUGCCUGUUAAAAAGCUGAGAGCUCAGAUCGACGCUCCGAUAGCUUCGUCAUCGAAAACGUGUGAAUGGAACGCGCAGCCAAAAGCGAAGAGAGCGCCCAAAUCGAACCGACCGGCCGACAACAGGACCGUUAUAAAUCUCACGGAGCUAGGACCCGUGAGUUCGGUAACUGCGCCCUCAAAGCACACAACGAGCGCCUCCACCUCCAAGCUGCCGCUAAGUAAAUCGGUGACCAUCGUCAGCAAGCCCAGCAACAUCGCGUUGCAUAAAAAAACGAUAUGUUUGAUCGCACCAAAGAUGAUGACGAUAAAGACAGUAAACGAUAAUAAAAAACGCCCGAGCAUACUGACGAAAGUAAAACCUGUACUCGCGACGAAGCUUGUGAUGAAAGACGUCAAAACCAAGAAGAGAACGAUCCCGUCCCCGCCGCAGCAGCCCGCGAAGAAACGGAAGGUUAACGAAAUGUCCCUGGAAGAUUUCGACAUUGAUAACAUAGACGACAUCAUAGAAUUGGAUUAACGAUUGAGGCUUUCCUGAAAAUCUACUAAAAAAUGUUACAUAAGUGAAGACUAUUAUGGAACGCAGUUUGGUGCCGUCUAUAUACAACGUGUUUUUUUUUAAUUAAUUUAAUAAAACUAAAGCAGCUUUUUUUUUAAACACGCGUCCUUAAUUCGCCUUAAAAAUUGUCAAUACAUUUUCUUGUUUGCAAAAAAAGAAAAAAAAAUCAUCAGCUGUCAAUUUAUUGUUUUUGAGACAUUAAAUCAGUUUGAGCAUAUUGAUUGACAAAUUUUAAUGGCACUUCACAGAACGCAUAGCAAAUUAGCAUGCUCGUAUUACUUCUAUAAUAACAUUAAUCUUGAAUAUAUAUCGCCAUCAUUUAAAUAAGUCUAAUCAACAAAUAACUACCAAGCAAUACCUAUGAUGUAUUUUAAUGUGUUCAAAAUUGCACAACGUCCGUGGAAGUGCCGUCUUUACGUUUUUUCUUUUUUUUUUGUAAAUUGUCUAUGCUUUAUAAUUUCAACUGACGUAGUUUCCUUUAAAAUUUAAACUUUGUAGUUUUUAAACAAUUUAAAUAGAAUACGUAGGUAAGCGAAUAAAUAAUUUCAUUCAUGCGAAUCAAUACACAAUAUUAAUUGUUUUCUUGAAAAAAUAUAUUAUAUAUAAUAAUUCUGAAAAAAUAUUACAUAUCGAGGGAAAGGCUAUUUAGUUUCAGAGACUUGGCUUAAUACGCGGCAUUGAUCUUUGUAAUUAAAAGUCCGUUUUAUUUGGUACUAGCGACCCGCCCUCGCGUCGCUUCGGAAACUGUAAUUUAUUAUUGAUUUCUCCACUAUUUAAUGGGUGUUAUUAUACAUAUAAAUCUUUCUCUUCAAUCACUCUAUCUAUUAAAAAAAACCGCAUCAAAAUCCCUUGCGUAGUUUUAAAGAUUUAAGCAGACAGGGAUAUAGGGACAGAGAAAGCGACUUUGUUUUAUUCUAUACUACGUAGUGAUUAGUGUCAACAAUUGGAUGUUUUUAAUUGAACUUCAAUCAAGUUUACUCCAAUCAAAUAGCUGAACCAGUAUUUUUGUUUUAAGAAUUUCCUAAAUUUUUUGAAUUUUCAUAGCUCUCUUGUAAUGUUGCAAAAAUGUCGCUUGAAAUCAAACGAAAUAGCCUUUUAACCGUCGAUAUUAUUUAAUACGUUUGCUUUUCGUACAAACAUAUAACAAUAGAGAAAUCAGUAUUAUUGAAAAACAGUAUUUAUUUGGUUGAAUCCUUUUGUCGACGUUUCUCAUGUUUGUUAGUUCGUUUAAAGAGGACUGUCUUGCCUUCCACGAAUGACGUCAUCAUAAAGCUUUUAAUUCCUUCUUUAGAAUGUUCUUUGGAGUGGAACGAAUAAAAGAAAAAAAGUAAACAAGAAAACCAUAUUUUUACUGUACUAAAUAUUACUUAAAAUAUUAGUCAGUUGAAAUUUCAAAAAAAUUCAGAUCGGUCAAUUAGUUUAUUUUAUUGGAUGUUGAAACUGUGCAAACUUUAAAAGGACGUUAAGUAUAUUUUUUUUAAAUAUAGAACAGCAAUUUUGUAAUGAAAAAUUACUUGUUCGAAUAAUAUUGUAAUCAUAAGUUGUUGACAUGAAAAAAAAACUAUGAUGAUUAAAUUUUCAAAUUUGAUGAACUACACGACCACUGAUAUAUGUUUCAAUCGUAUAUUUGAGUCGACUAUUAUCAAAGCCGGCAAUCUGAUUUUGGACAAUGAUUGGUAAAUCAGAAAACCGAAUUAUUGACUUAUUAUUCCAUUGGCAGUCACAAAACUCUUCGGAACGACAUCUUAGAUAAAUAACAGGUUAACUAUUAACCUUUAUUUAAUGCAGGUUUUGAACCGUAUUCUUUGAAGGAGACGAUUAUAUUCAAAUCAAUCUGUAUUGACAUAUCAAUAAUUUUUUUUUGUCCAAAUGCACAAAUUGCCACCUUUGAUAAUAGACGACUCAUUUGUAUUAAUAAUUUUGAAAAACAGCAUGCACAAUACAUUAUGUUCGGAACAUUAAAAACGUUUACGUAUUAAGAAUACUAAAGUUUAAAAAUAACAAGAAACUCCUAUUCUAGAUUUGUCGUUAUUGUUGAUUUUGUCUGCCGUAUAACUAAUCAAUGUGAACUUAUCGUGAUUUAUAUAUAUCUCUGAUUUUAAUACGCUUGUAAUGCUGUGGGACCGGACUAUUUUAAUUCUAUAAAAGAGUUUUGAGGAUACACUCGCGUUGAUCUAUCGAUACUGAUAUAGGAAUACAGUCAAACCUGGAUAAGUGAGAAAACUCUAUAAGUGAGAGUAAUAGCCAGGACCCGUCAUUUUAAGCUCCCAAAACCUCUAUUAGCGAGAAACAGAAACCUCUGUAAGAGAGAGUCGUUUUUCCCUCAUGGACCUCCGUAAGUGAGACUGCUACUUAUUUAUACCUCUAUAAGCGACAGUCGAGCUUUAUUUAUUUAUAUUAUUUAGGAGGAACAAAUAAAAAAACAAAUUACAAAUUUAACAUCUGCUAUUUUAUGACUCUUUCAUAACUUUUGGAACUUCCUUCCAUUGUUUUUGUAUUGUUUUCUCGUCAAUAUUGAACCUAUUCUAUUUCGUGGAACUAAAUAACGUUGUUAUUUUAUCGCAUUCUUUUCGAAUGGAUACGUGUGCCUGUGUACCGUCCUGUUUGUUGGACUUACUCAGUUUAUCGUUAAUCAAUUGCGAAGGAAAGUUCUGUUCUGCGUCAUGUUAAAACGGAAAAUUAAACUACUGUCAUUAAGUGAUAAACUUAAAAUAGUGAAUGCGUUUGAAUCCGGAAAAUCGCGAAAUGAAAUUCAGAGGGAGAAUUAGCGAGAAACUCGGGUUAGUGAGAAACCUCUAUAAGCGAGAAUGAGAUUGUGCUCCCUUGAACUCUCGCUUAUCCAGGUUUGACUGUACUUGUCUCUCACUCUGUUAGUGCGUGCGCGAGCGAGAGGCGAAUAAAGACGAUGCUACACAACUACUACAACAAAAACACAAACUGAAUUGUUGUUAUUUGAAAAAUUUGAAUUCAUUGUGAAACAACUUUGAACAGAUGAACAUUAUUUUUAUUUAUGUCUUUUUUCUUUUCUUUAUUAAAAUAUCUGAAUGUCUAGUCUGAAUUUGCAAAUCGAAAGAACUAGUAAAGUUAUCGAAUGCGUAUACAUAAAUUAAUACCUACAAAACUAAUUGCGGAAUGAAGAAUUUUGGUUACUUGUGAAAAUUAUAUAAUUUAAUAAAUCGUGUUUUUUUCUUUCUCUCUUUUUUACAAUAAAAAGGGAAGGAGAUAAACAAUUUUUUGUUAUCUAAAAACUUUUAGGCUUUUAAAUGUAGACCCUUCGUCAAAUAAAUAAGAAUUAUUAAUCGUUUAUGAUGAACGAAGUAGCUUAUAAGUAUAUUCAGUAAUGAAUAGUGAUUUGUGUAUUGUUGCACGUACAAAAUAUACUUGUACAUUGAAAUGCUAAUUAAUCUACGUUCAAACUAAAUCAGGCGUAUCACCGAUGAAUGAAGAAUUUUAUCAUUCUCAUGAAUGAACACGUCACGGUUUUGCAUUAAGAAAUUUAUCCUAAAGCGAAAAGAUUUAUAUAUUAUUAUUUUAUGUUCGAGUCUUGUCGGAUGAGAAUUGAUUUAAGUUUAUGUUUGUGAUUUACGUGAUUAGGAUUUAAGGUGAUUAAGUAAAUUUUAUGUCGUA